AUCCUGAGUGACAUUGUGCUUCGCGUGUCUGACUCGGCUGUCAUCCCCAUGAACGUCACACACUACGGCACCAUGAUGCGUGCUGGUCUGGCGGGGGUGCAGAAGAAUAUUGACUCUGUCCUCGGGGCCAACGAAACAGAACUGCUGAAGUCCAGCAUUGAAGACUUCACAAAGGCUGCUGAAGAUUUUCAGAAACAAAUCGAUGCAAAAGACAGAAAUAACAUGACGGAGUUUGAAGUUUUGGAAAUCAAUGACAAGUUGAUCCGUUUGUCGCGGGCAUUUAUCUAUGAGGGGGGUCUACUGCAUCGCAGCCAGUACAGGAACCUCCUCAUCGCCCCUCACCCGGACAAUCUGAACGAGGAAGUUGUUUUCCCCGGCCUAGCGGGGAACUUGGGUUCGGAUCCUUCGGAGGAGCGCGUGCAGUUGUCUCGAGAGCUGGUCAUCCUGGUGGUGGCGGUCAAACGGGCGCGGGAUAUCCUCCUGGACGAUUUCGGGCCCAACCUCAUCCGGGACGAGUUGUGAUUCCUUCGUCUGAGUCAGCUGCUAGUUGGCGCGCCUGUUCCGUUAUCGGAGGUCCAGCUUUCAUCAUCGUCUCGCCACUUUAGCUUAGAAUUACAAAGUUCUAUCUGACUGUUUUUUUGCCGUUUUGAGUAGUUGUUACUAAGACCAUGAAAUCGGAGAACAAUUAAUGCUCUAUCUACUCUAUCACAAUCGUAAGAUUAUUUGGAGUUGUUAUCAAGAUAUUAAAAGAAUUGUGUUCAAAAUGCUGAACAUUUUGACAUCCUGAUCAAGAUAUCCAAAGAAUUGCAUUAAAAGAAGCUUGACACGUUGUGCAACUCAAAUUUUUUAACGUCAAAUUCCUCGAAACUAGGUAUUGAGUAGAUAAAACUUUGUAAUUCUGGGAUAGCGAUCUUUCACGUCUGGUCCAUUAACUCUCCAAGUGUCGCAGGCAGACGAGUUAUAGUCUAUAGUGUCCGGAUAGUUAUAUAAUAAUAAGAUUUUACCUUACUAUGUAGGAAAAUGCUUGAGAACAGGCAAGUCAAGCAAGUAAAGGCUAUGAACUUAGACAUUUUCAGAACGUAGAAUGUAAAAAAAAAAAAAGUAGAGCUCAUUUGUGAAGGAGUUGAAAUGUUUGUUGAUGUAAAAUAAACGUGAUAAACGAGCAAGCAAGUGAAGGCUAGAAAAAUGCACACUUUCAAAAAGUAGAAUGUAGAUAAAAAAAGCACUGCUCAUUUGUGAAGGAAUUGAAACAUUUUUUUUGGUGAUAAAAACCUAACAUGAUAAACGAACG